AUGGAUUUUUCAGGUGACAGCUUGCUCAACUCUACUGCGACAGCAGAAGAGUACCAACUCAUGUUCGGUAUUUUGGACUCCACAGUGGAGCGUGCCCUCCAGCUUUGUGUGGUUCAUGGAAUGGCCAUUGGGUGCGGUGCCCUUUUGAUGCUUCUCUCGUGGGUAGUGAUUAUCAAAAAGACCACACCCACGUUCAUUCUAAAUCAACUUACUUUGGUGCUCAUGAUCAUCAAGUCGGCGUUGUAUCUUUGCUUUUUGUUCGGACCAUUGAGCUCGCUCACAUACAAGUUCACAGGACUUUUCCCAGAAGGAAGAUGGCAUGCCUUCCACAUCUAUAUUGCCACAAACACUAUUCAUACCUUGUUAAUUGCGAGUGUGGAAGCUACUUUGGUUUUCCAGAUCUACGUUGUAUUCAAAUCACCUGAAGUGAGAAAAUUAGGCUACUUCAUGGCAUGUGCAGCCGGAGCAUUAGCCACAACCAUUGUGUCGUUAUAUAUCUACAGCACAGUGUUAUCGGCCAGACAAUUAAGACAACAACUAUUGGAGCAUGAGUUCACACCUACAAACUCUUGGAUCAAUAAUGUGCCUGUCAUUCUUUUUUCUGCCUCCCUCAAUGUUGUGUGUAUCAUAUUGAUUGCCAAGCUUGCCUUGGCCAUCAAGACCAGACGAUACCUCGGAUUGAAGCAAUUUGAUGGAUUGCACAUUUUGACCAUCACAACAACCCAAACUUUCAUUUUGCCUUCCGUUUUGAUGAUCGUGAACUACAAACAGUCAAGUUCGUACUCGACAUUGUUGGCGAACAUCAGUGUGAUUUUGGUAGUUUGCAACCUCCCCUUCAGUUCAUUAUGGGCUACUUCGGCCAACAAUUCCCCUACCCCAACAUCCUCCCCGAACACUGUCUUCUCCAGAUGGGACUCAAAAACCUCCGACACCGAAACAUUGAAUCAGGAUACGCCCUUGAUUCCUGGGAAGGCUGAAAAAAUCCAGUUGGUGAGUCCUACCACAGAAAAAGGAGACGUUCAGACAGUCUGUGGUUCUGACGGUGAUCACGAUCUGAUUGAUCGGAUUCUUGACGACAUGGAUGGAGCAUUAAUGACGACCGAGCUUAAUCUCAGAGAUAGAAUGUGCUAA